AUGACCGGCAACGAGCGCAACGAGCCCCAAUGGGUCGCUCCUUCAUCGACUCAGGUACAAGCACAAGUGCGUGAUAUUUCUUCCUUGUUUACAUUACUGAGUUACAGCUCUCUGUCAGCCACACACAUUCGUUUAUCACUGUAUUUUGUUUCGUAUAGUACGACUUUAUUGCACUGGCAAUUGUUUUUCGAGUAUAGUUGAGUUGUAGUCAACAUGUCACAGUUGAGCGUAACCAACGUCCAUUUGGGUAUAUUGUAGUUGGGUAAAUGUCCACUUCACGGACAUGUACCCGACCAAUGGUAAAUAUUUGACUUGUAAAUAUUGAGAUACGAACAUCUUGUGACAGUCGACUUGUAAACAACAUGUUAUAAUUGAGUUCAGCCAAUCUUCGUACUUCCUAUUUACUAUACUGUUUAGGAUGUGCCACCAGACUACGAGACAAUUGGUACUCUGUUCGGGUACGCCUUACUGGCACUGUCAUGGCUGUUGAUCGUGGUGACCUUCCCCUUUUCGAUGUGCCUAUGUCUCAAGGUAAUCAAGGAAUACGAAAGGGUAGUAAUCUUCCGAAUCGGUCGACUGGUCUUCGGUGGGGCUCGAGGGCCGGGUAUGAUCUUCGUCAUCCCCUGUGUGGAUACCUACAGAAAGAUCGAUCUCAGGUAAGCCAGUAGAUUGUGUAUAGUUUAUAUUAAGAGCUUUAACUUAAGUAUAUGAUAGAGCAUCGUGCACAUAUCAUGUGUUUAUGAUUAUACCUUUAGCUGUUUAACAAUAUAAUUUUAAAGUUCCCAUUCCUUGUAUAUUACACAUAAUCUGCAUAUUCCAACCAAAUUUGUUGUUUUAGAGUGGUGUCAUACGCUGUUCCGCCUCAGGAAAUUCUGUCCAAAGAUUCGGUAACUGUCAGCGUAGACGCCGUCGUUUAUUUCCGUACCUCAGACCCCAUUGCCUCUGUAAACAAUGUGGACGACGCCAUCUACUCCACCAAGCUCCUCGCCCAGACCACGCUGCGUAACGCCCUGGGUAUGAAGACGUUGACGGAGAUGUUGACGGAGAGAGAAGCCAUCGCCCAACUCUGCGAGACCAUCCUCGACGAAGGCACCGAGCACUGGGGAGUCAAGGUGGAACGAGUCGAAGUCAAGGAUAUCAGAUUGCCACAACAACUCACUCGAGCCAUGGCUGCCGAAGCCGAGGCCGCGCGUGAAGCCCGUGCCAAGGUAGUCGCGGCCGAAGGAGAACAAAAAGCCUCGAGGGCAUUGAAAGAAGCUGCCGAUGUUAUUCAAGUACGUUCACAGCCUUCCCAAAUAGAAAGCGGAAAUUUGCCUUCACAAUAACCAGAUCCGCCUUUCAAAUUUAUCAAAAAUGAGAAAUUAGAAUUCAAAACGGGAAAGAACCGUACAGAACAGACAAUUUUAUAGAAAGAUGAGAAUCCUAAAGUAACACAUAAAUUUUCAGGCCAACCCAGUAGCGCUUCAACUCCGUCAUCUCCAAGCGUUGAACAGCAUUGCGUAAGUUAAUUUGAAUAAAAUUAUGACAAAUGGACUCAUACAGACCAUUUAUGUCAAUAAAAAGCAUAAAAAAUAUUGAUAAAUAACUAUUUUUACGCACUUUAUACAAGCUAUUUACGAAAAUAUUCCUACAAAAAUGCACACAAGCUAAUGUCCCAAAUCCUCAGAAAAUAUGUUAGCAUAGCCCCUAUCACAAUACAUGUUAAUAUUGUUUAUUCCCUCGGCCAUAUCAUGCCAAAUAUAAAUUAAAAUACUUUACAGAGCUGAACACAACUCAACGAUCGUAUUCCCUGUGCCUGUGGAGAUGUUUGGCGCCUUCAUGAAGAAAGACGACUAG